GUUCCGCGGUAGAGGUGACCUGACUCCUUCAGGCUCAUUUUGCAGGUGCUUGAAAUUGUCCGCGCAGUUUCCAGUCAUGCCUGAACCAAUCAAAGUCCUUGUGACUGGAGCAGCUGGUCAGAUUGCAUAUUCACUGCUGUAUAGUAUCGGAAAUGGAUCUGUCUUUGGUAAAGACCAGCCUAUAAUUCUUGUGCUGUUGGAUAUCACCCCCAUGAUGGGUGUCCUGGAUGGUGUCUUAAUGGAACUGCAAGACUGUGCCCUGCCCCUGCUGAAAGAUGUCAUCGCAACAGAUAAAGAAGAGGUUGCCUUCAAAGACCUGGAUGUGGCCAUUCUUGUGGGCUCCAUGCCAAGAAGGGAUGGCAUGGAGAGGAAAGAUUUACUCAGAGCAAAUGUGAAAAUCUUCAAAUGCCAGGGUGCAGCCUUGGAGAAAUAUGCCAAGAAGUCAGUUAAGGUCAUCGUGGUGGGAAACCCAGCCAAUACCAACUGUCUGACUGCCGCCAAGUCAGCACCGUCUAUCCCCAAGGAGAACUUCAGUUGCUUGACUCGUUUGGAUCACAACAGAGCUAAAGCUCAGAUUGCUCUUAAACUUGGUGUGACUUCUGAUGAUGUAAAGAAUGUCAUUAUUUGGGGAAACCAUUCCUCAACUCAGUACCCAGAUGUCAACCAUGCCAAGGUGAAACUGCAAGGAAAGGAAGUUGGUGUUUAUGAAGCCUUGAAAAAUGACACCUGGCUCAAGGGAGACUUCAUCACAACUGUGCAGCAGCGUGGUGCUGCUGUCAUCAAGGCUCGAAAACUAUCCAGUGCGAUGUCUGCUGCGAAAGCCAUCUGUGACCACGUCAGAGAUAUUUGGUUUGGGACCCCGGAGGGAGAGUUCGUGUCCAUGGGCAUUAUUUCUGAUGGCAACUCCUAUGGUGUUCCCGAUGACCUGCUCUACUCAUUCCCUGUUACAAUCAAGAAUAAGGCAUGGAAGAUUGUUGAAGGUCUCCCUAUUAAUGAUUUCUCACGUGAGAAGAUGGAUCUUACUGCAAAGGAACUAACAGAAGAAAAAGAAACUGCUUUUGAAUUUCUUUCCUCUGCAUGACUAGACAAUCAUUUCGAUGUUACUAAAUGCCCCAAAGCUGAAGAAUCUAAAUGUCGCCUUUGACUCUAGUACCAAAUACGUAAUAAUAAUGCUACACUUAAAUCACUUGUGAAAAACAGCACAUUCUAAAGAUUGUGUGCUUCUUGGUACAAAUUUGUGACAGUUUAUCAUCAUGCUGUUAGUGUUGCAUUCUAAAUAAAAUAUAUAUUCAAAUGAA